UGCGGCACGCGUGUAAAAGUAAAUAGAUUUUUUAUUACAGCAGCUAUUCGACUGAAAAAAAUUGGUUUCAAGAAUGAAUUUCAGUUCUUUAGCCAAAAUCUUUCCAGUUUUGAUAAUACUACUAAAUUUUCAAUCAGACAAAAGAUGCGAGGCAAUAAAAAAAUUGAAGCGGUUCCGUCCUCCCCCGAAGCUGACGGAGCCGGCCUCGCCAGCAGGAGCCAUCAAAGGGUCAGAUGACAAAUACUUCAAGUAUGAAAUCAUGCAGGAACUACCUGGCGGUCGUAUAUCAAUGGGCAGCAAUGAACCCAACUCCAAGUUCGGCGAGUUCACCGCAAAGACAUUAGAGGCGAAGCCCUUUCUGAUUGACAAAUAUCCAGUUUCGGUGGCUCUCUUCAAGCGCUUCCUGGAACACAAAAGGAAGUUUGUUCCUAGAUCCAUCAGUCAGGGCUACAGCUAUGUCUUCCGUAACUUCGUGCCCAAUGCCCAUAAGAAGAGCAAAGAUGUAUGGAACAAGGACACACAGCAUAUGGUCCGGGUUCCAUUGGCUAGCUGGAAAGCACCUGAGGGCCCCGGUGCCUCGCAGCCCCUUGAAUCCAGGCUGCUGGAACCAGUCGUACACGUCAGCUAUCAGGAUGCCAACGCGUACUGCACGUGGAAGAAAAAGCGACUGCCCACCGAAUUGGAGUGGGAAUUCGCCGCGAGAGGGCGACUUUACCAGCAGAAAUAUCCUUGGGGCAAUGACUACUUGCACAACAGGAGUAACUUAUGGGAUGGGGUUUUUCCAAACAGGAACCUGAAAUUUGAUGGUUACGAAGGACUCUCGCCUAUCAAUGCAUACCCAGCCCAGAAUAUUUUUGAAAUGUAUGACAUGCUAGGAAACACGUGGGAAUGGACCUUGUCAGUUUUCAAAAAAGUCGGACAGCCGAAGACGACAGAUAAAUCAAAUGUGAGGUACAUUACAAAAGGCGCCAGUUUCCUGGACACGACUUCUGGCUCGUACAAUCAUCCGGCACGCGUUUCAGCUCGGAAGCCUCAAUUUGGCAAUGCGACUCUGUACAAUCUGGGUUUCAGAUGUGCUCUUUCCAAAUCGGCAGCUGACAAUAUGGGAGUGUACAGGAUUCCCGAGCACACUGAGUUGUAGUACGUCGGUGCUUAAAAGUACGGAUCGUCAACAAAAUUGUUACACAUUUAAUCAAUUAUUAUACUUGAAUGUCAAAUAAUCUUGCUUAAUCAGUAAACAAACAAUAAAUUCAAUCGAAAA